AGCUAAAUUUUAAUGGAGCCUAAUCGAUUUGGUUUUUGAAAUUAUGUUUUUUGAUGUGAUCAGUUUAUUAUGCAGAAAGAGACACCAAUAAAACGAUGAAUGUAAUAAGGCUUCUUUUAACCAAAACUCAAAAGCCCCGUAGCUUUACUUUUUUUAGUCGUUUAGCAUUAAUCAGUGUUGCGUGAGUUGUGUCGUAUGAUCCUUCAGAUUUUUGAAAUUUAUCUCUUUUUACCAUUUCGGUCGCUUGUUACAUAUUAAUCGUUCUUUAAUAUUUUUUCAGUGAUACACUUUGCUGAAAGUACUCCGGGAGAUCUCUGUAAACCACAAUCAUCAUACAUUGACUAAAUUCGUGCGUCAACCGUUUUUCCGUUGAUUUUAAACGUGAUUUGAAACUUGCGCGUUCUUGUCAAAUCUUGUAUAACGAGCUAUCCUGGCCGAACCUUUGAAUGAGCGAGACAACUGUCGUGCUGUUUGGGCUGUUGCUACGCACUAAACAGAGACAAUCAGCGAUGAGUAGGAACAAGAGAGAAAGAGAGAGAACGUAGGAGGUUCAGGAAUGACAACUGUUAGCAUCUCUCUUCGCUCGCAUGAUCUUUUGGUCUCCAGAAAGUUGAACCGAACGGACGUGCGUGCGUGUGUUGCGUGGCGUUGAAUUUGAAACGAUGUUCAGCUUAAAGUGAAGUGUGCUUAGCAACGGAAGCAGUGUUGUGGGUUACUCUUGGAACACGGGGAGAGUGGUGCAAUGUGGAAGAGCAAAAGGCAGGAGUAUUAUUCACCCAGCGCUUAAGUGAUCGGUUUUUGUGCUGGAAACACAUAUACACAUACGUGCGAAUAUUGGCAGCUACUUGUUGGAGGUAUGCUGACCAUCUAUGUGACCCCUUUUAGUGUGUGAUUACAGCUACUACUGGGGCGUGCACGUGUGUGUCGCCCCUUUCCGGCCCUGUACGUGAGUGGAAUAAGUGACAUCUAAAGCACACACAGGCGCAAAGGCGCCAGCAGCAGCAACGACGACGGUUGGCCACGUUUACCAAUAACGAUCGCCAUUAACACACCAGUGCUGUGAGACCGGAAGUGAACUAACUGCAUACGAUCAGGUUUUGUCGCGUUAUCGCAGUGUGUAGGUGUGCUACUACAGUGUAGUUCGCGUAUGGAUCGUUCUUAAAGACAGGAACAGUGGAAGUCAACAAGCAAACAACACAACACAACACGACGACGACACCGUGUAAACUUCCUGUGACCAGACGGACGUCGGUCGUGAUCGUGUGAAGCGGAAGAUCUAGUGUGCACGUUCAGGCGAGCAUAGAAAGAUGCACGUUCGUCGAUUGUCUCUGGUAUCUUCUUGGCAGUUCGAUUGACAGAGUUGUCGAGCACAACGAAUCGGUGCGUGUAAUCUGCCGAUCAACAAACAAAUAACACAAACCACACAACGACACGAAAGGAGUUGACGUCUACGGGGAGCCGUCGGUGAGCAGUCCCCCCACAAAGUACUCCCAUGCCAUGGUAAGCCGAGGCAGCACAAUGCGUCAACCGAUGGCGCUAUUUACUUUACUCGCACUAGCGACGUACGGCCUCAGCUUGAUGUCCACGGUAGCAAGUGUGGCAAGCAGUAGCAGAGGCAGCACAUCACAGCAAGCGAACAGUGCCGCUGAGCUGCAUCGAUUAGGUGGUGUGAGUCAGCUGUAUGACUACCGGCGGGAACUAUUGUUGGCCGGUGGAGAGCGAAGGAAACGUAGUGCCUUCAGUACACUGUACGACACGGGCAAUACACUCAGCGUGAACGAAUAUGGCGGUGGGCCGGUCAGCGGCGGUAACGUCGGUAGCGGCAACGGUGGCUCUUCCAGAGAGUCCUACGUUGGGCCGGAGCUUUUGCGUGACAAUCGCAAACCCAGCUUCGUCGAGUGUGACAGCUACAAGCCGAUGCUGAAGGAAGAGCAGCCCGUUGGUACGCCGGUACUGCGCGUGACGGCGUCCGAUCCAGACCCGCGGCAAACGAUCGAGUACAGCUUCGUGACAACGCCCGGCGAACGGGCACGCUUUCGGAUCGAUAAGAGCACGGGCGACAUAACGACCGCUCACAUCUUCGACCGAGAUGAGCCGAUCCGCGAGAAGGAGAUCUACAUCACGGUUCGUGCGACCGAUAAUGGACGUCCUCGGUUGGACGAUGUGUGCACUUUCAAGGUGACGAUUCUCGACAUUAAUGACAAUCCACCCGUGUUCGAUAAAGUACGCUACGAAGAGUCGGUGACGAAAGACAUGAAGGCGAACCUGCGAGUUGCUACCAUCUCGGCGACGGAUAUGGACGACGGUGAUAACAGUAUCAUCAAGUACGAAAUUGUGCAGCAGAACCCUGACAGUAGCUACUUCAAGAUUAACGAGAACAACGGCCUCCUUACGCUUACGAAACCGGUCGAUCGCAGCCCCGGGCAGUACUAUUCCAUCCGCGUGCGAGCGUACAAUGUCGAUCCACAGGGUGAAGCCGUGCAGGAUGCAGAAGUGGAUGUUAAGGUACGCGUCGUGGAAUCCAACAAGCUGCCCCCAUACUUCACCAAGGUGCAAGCGGCUGCACUGGUGUUGAACGAGACAUUCAAAAACUACACCGAAUCGUUGGCAGAGUUCGAGGCAGAGUCCAACAUCCCCGAGAAACCGGAAGUAAUCUUCGAACUGAUCCAAGGACGUGCUGAGCAGACGAACUCGAAAAAUACAUUCCUGCUGGAGCAGAUCAACAACACUGCUUCGAUCAAGCUGGGAAAGACACUCGAUUAUGAAACUGUGACGGAGUACACGCUGACAGUGAGCGUCAAAAACUCGCACGAUCUUGUGGCGGAAACUGUGCUGAAGAUUAAGGUACUGGACGAGAACGACAUCAUUCCAGUGUUUACGGAAGUGACAUCGGGUACGAUACCGGAAGACGAGCCACCCGGCACUCCCGUGAUGCAGGUACGAGCAUACGAUCUGGACGGCACACCGGCCAACAACAUCGUCUCGUACAGGUUUGACGAUGAGAACCAGCAACUGUUCCACAUCGACAGUCGAACGGGAAACAUCACGUCGCGGGUGGAGUUCGAUCGAGAGGCAACCGAUUCUUAUCAUUUGAAAAUCAUCGCAGAAGACAACUCUCCGUCGGCGCUGUACCGCAACGGCAAACCGAACAGUAUCUCUCAGCUGUUUAUCAUCAAGAUCUCGGACAAGAACGAUCACCAGCCGAAGUUCGUGAAGGAUCACUUCGUGGCGGAGAAUGUGCCGGAGGAUGCGAAUAUCAACACCGUGGUGAUUGAAGUGACGGCUCUGGAUCAAGACACGGCCUCGCUCAUCACGUACAGCAUCAUCGAGGGCAAUGUGGGUGAUGCGUUCAAGAUCGAUGAAAACACCGGCCGUAUCUCGGUAAACAGUCGCCUCGAUUACGAGACAAUCCGUGAGUACAUGCUGAUCGUGCAAGCGGACGAUGGGAUCUUCCAGGACAACGCAACAGUCUCGAUCAAGAUCGAAAACGUCAACGAUAAUCCACCGCGCUUCAUCGAUCUGCGCAAUGUUACGAUCCAGGAAGAGACCAUUCCGCCCGGGUGUAUUAUGACCAUCCAGGCGUAUGAUCCAGACAUCGAGAAUCGAGACGAGCCGCAGCACAUUCGCUUUUCGUUUGUGAAGGAACAGGAAGAUCUGCUCGAGAUCGAUGAUACCGGUUGCCUUCGGUUAAGGAAGGCACUGGAUCGUGAUCCACCGCAAGGCUUCAAGAGCUGGCAGUUCAUCAUCACCGCGACGGAUGAGGAUGGUGCGGGCAAGAAAACGCCAGCGACUGUAAACAUAUUCUUGGAAGACAUUAACGACAACGCACCACGGCUUUCGAAUGCAAUGCCAGUCGUCUGGGGUGAGAAUCGUUCUCCUGGUUUGAUCGUACGACUGACGGCAGAGGAUGUGGACGAGGCGCAGAACGGUCCACCGUUCCAUUUCAGUAUUGAUCCGAAUGCUCCGUAUGAGAUUAAGGAACGGUUCCAAGUCCAAAACGACGAGCUGUACGCGUUGGUUGAGUUCGAUCGAGAGGAGCAAAAGGAGUACCGAGUUCCAAUUCGCAUUAGCGAUUCUGGCGAAGAACCCAUGAGUGACGUCAGCAUCCUGCAGCUGGUGAUUGGAGAUGACAACGACAACGAGAUGAGACCAGGCGAAAGUCGCAUCUUCGUGUACAACUACAAAGGAGAAUCACCCAACACGGAAGUUGGACGCGUGUACGUGGACGAUCCGGACGACUGGGAUCUUCCAGAUAAGACGUUCAUGUGGGAUGAUGCUACCCGUCAUCAGUCGGUGGACUUUUUCGACCUAAACAGGGACACUGGUAUGAUCACCAUGCUUCAAGGUACACGUGGGGGAGAUUAUGAGCUGAACUUCCACGUGAUUGAGCAGUCGAGUCAUUUCCCGCGCCAUAAUGUCACAGCCAAAGUGACGGUAACGGUGAAAGAGAUCCCGGAGGAAGCCGUUGAUAAGAGUGGAUCGAUCCGUUUCCAUAAUGUAACUGCGGAAGAGUUCGUAUCGCGCACACCUGGUCAGCUCACAACGCCCAAAGAUCGACUGCAGGCGAGCAUUGCAAACACGCUCAACGUUAGCCGAGAGAACGUGGAUGUGUUCACCGUUUUGAAGCGCGACAAUGUCAACGGAACCUUCCUGGACGUUCGGUUCUCGGCCCAUGGCAGUCCUUAUUACGCACCUGAACGUCUCAACGGAAUGAUGGGCUAUCGGCUCCGUCAGUUGGAAGAGGACGUAGGCUUUUCGGUGCUGAUGGUGGGCAUUGACGAGUGUAUCGAAGAGGGUCGCAACUGUGAGCUAUCGUGCAAGAAUACGCUCUACAAGUCGAACGUCCCUAUUGCGGUAUAUACCAACACCAGCUCGUUUGUGGGUGUGAAUGCCUUCGUACAGGCAGAGUGUGUGUGUGAGGCUCCAUCGCCGUCGCUCACAUGUCUGAAUGGAGGUUUCUUGGUGAACGAUCGCUGCUCCUGUCCCGAGGGCUUUGAAGGUCCUCACUGUGAGAUGCUUGGCAUCGGGUUCUAUGGCAGUGGAUAUGCGCUUUAUCCUCCGAUCAGUCCUUGCAACAUGACGCGAAUAAGUGUAGAACUAUCACCGCAGCAGGAAGAUGGCUUGGUGAUGUACAUUGGUCCACUGAACUAUAAUCCUCGUCUGCCUGUGCAGGACUUCUUGGCGUUGGAGCUCGUGAAGGGACUCCCUGUGUUGCUGCUCGACUACGGCAGUGGUACCAUUCGUAUCGAACAUCGGCAUCGAUUCCCCCAGGGCAAACCAUUCACCGUAGAGAUCGUGCUGCAACCGCAGACAAUCGAGAUGAUCGUCGACAACUGCAAGCUGUCCACGUGCAUGAGUCUGGAUGCGCCAAAAGGACCAAAUCGGUUCCUAAACGUAAACGCUCCACUGCAACUCGGAGGAGCUGCAGUCAACCUAGACUACCUCGGAUCGCUGUUCAACUGGACGUACGUGCCACAGGACAAGGGUUUCAGUGGCUGCCUGCGCAAUCUCACCAUCAACGAGCGCACGUACGAUCUCGGUCUGCCCAGCCUGGCAAAGAAUGCCGAUCCGGGUUGUCAACGCUCGGUUGCGGUCGCCGUGUCGUUUGGCAUCGAUUCCUACUUCCUCAUUGCAAUCAUCGCGUGCAUAGUGGUGCUGCUCAUUUUGCUGCUCGCCGUCGUCGUCCACAAGAAGCACCAGGACGGCUGGCAUGAGAAGGAUAUGGACGACAUCCGGGAGACGAUUAUCAACUACGAGGAGGAGGGUGGCGGCGAACGGGACGCCGAGUACGAUCUCACCGUGCUGCAAGGUCCGCCGAUCUAUCUAGACAAACCGUACGGCAGCGAGCUGCGACAGAAGGAGGCAAACACCGAGGUGCCUGAUAUUGGCGCGUUCCUCACCGACAAGAAGGACGCGUGCGACAAGGAUGCGGACGCGUAUCCGAUCGACGAUGUGCGGCAUUACGCGUACGAGGGUGACGGCAACAGUACGGGCUCGCUGUCGAGCCUCGCUUCCUGCACGGACGAGGGUGAUCUGAAGUUCAACUAUCUAUCGAACUUCGGUCCACGGUUCCGCAAGCUCGCCGACAUGUAUGGGGAAGAACCGUCCGACACCGACUCGAACGUGGACGAUGAGGAAGGCUGGAGGAUAUGAGACGAACGCACGGGGCAUGAAGAAGGUGUGUGAUAAAAAAACGAACACAACUGUGUGCACAGUUUAUGGGUGAGCGUGGAAUGGAGUGAACGCGAUAACGAAAGCAUGCAAGCGUAUGUAUAACCGUUUUCCUAAUCAAACCUAGCGAUAGACGAUCUUGUUUUCUCUCUUGUGAUGAUCUUCCGUUCGGUAGUACUGAACCACCGUAUCUCAAAACAUGCAAAACCGAAGAGGACAAUCUGCUGUAGGACAAACACAUAGGUAUUCUAAACGUACACCUCGAAGCGCAAAAGUCACGUUAGAUCGAGCGAGGGGACAGUGUGGGCUGGUUCAGCUCGGCCGGAAUAGAAUUUUGUCUGUUCUGGGACGUACGGAUUUUAAGAAAACAGUAAACAUCGAUUCAGUUCCUACGGGCCGCAAACGUUUCUGCGGAAAUUGCACGAGUCAUCCUGCUGCCCUAAAUCAGGUUAGUUGAAAUAGUUAUGAGCUUAACUCUUGUGUCAAAGAUGUAUAAGGUAGCAACAUAUUUAUUCCUUCUCGGAGCAUUGCACAGUAAUAUGAGCUUGAGCGUGCAAAUACCACAAUUUCUCUCGGCUUCUGUCAUUUAUGUUUCCUCAUCUCGCCAUUAGUGGGUGCACAAAUCCGUAUUACUGCUCCCCCGAGUGAGUCAAAUGUCAUGACUCCGUGAGUCAGCUCUAUUUCCACGCAAACGUAUCAAGUCCAAAAGCUUGCAACGCUUCUUGCGAACUCCCCACCCCUACUCCCUGCUACUGAUGUGGUACGCGUGGGUGAUUAAUAGUGCAAACCUCAAACUGGAACAUCCAGACCAACGCGAACAAAGAAGGUUCCUUUGCUUGCGGGAUGUUUUUUGUUGUUGUUGUUGUUGUCCAACAUAAGGGAGAAUUUCCUUUGGACACCUCGCGUGUGCUCGCUCUCUCUCUCUCUCUCUCUCUCUCUCUUCUACGCUUUUCUUCAUACUAAUGUUAUUGAUUACCUUCCCCCCCCCCUUUACUGUCUUCGUAAAGGUUUCCCCAAGCAAAGACCUUAAGCCGGUUUUUGUGUGUUGUUACUGUUAUUGCUUUUUGGAAUCAAAAGGAAGGGCUCGCACGACGAUGACUCAUAAUGUGCAAUCGGCUCGUAGUAACGGUGCGAUAUCAUCGCCAUCGGCGCACCAUCGCACAUACACACACACACACUGUACAAGAGGUGCGAUGAUAGAGGUUUUUGCUGUUUUCUCACCUUAUUUUAGACCCUUUAGUGUAGUAUUAGCGGCGCGGCACUAAUAGAGAUGAUUGUUCAGGACUAUCUGCGAAGAAUGAAAUUCAACGACUAGGAACUAUGGUUUAGAACUUCUCAAAAGCAAGGAACGGAUGCUUCGAGUGGGAAAUGGAGUAAUAGUGUGGAUUCUUCCGCUUUCCGUUCGUUCAUUUUAGGUUUCGUUAUCCAAAUUAUUUUUUGUAUAAGAUUAUUUCUAUUCCGUUACUAAUUUUUAGCUUAAGAGAUAGUAUCGCUAAUGGUUAGGAGGAUUAAAUCGACAUUGUGGAGAAGGGGGAUACGUGAACAUUUACUGUAGUAGAGGGGGUAUACAACAUGCAACCGAAUAUAAGACUUUUACAGAACGAAAAUCAAAAGAAGUAAACAUUUUCCAAUGUGCUAUCGAGAGAAGAGGAGUGAUGGUGUGUGAGUGCACAUCAUGCUUGUUGAAGAGCAGGUUAUUCUAGCAUUAAAUAGAGAAUAUGCGGAGAAGCAUUUAAGCAUUUAAGGAGUUCUCACGGAUCACGACAGCGGGAAUGGAAGAUAGUCGCUAAGGUUAGAUAGUGCUUAUAGGAGGUGAAGUGGGGGAAACAAAAGUGUGUUAUUUUAAUUAACAAGCGAACCAAUCAAUGGCAAACACACGAGAUACACAGAGCAUUGGGAAUGAGAAGAGAAAAAACGUAUUUACAUCUGACCGAGCAUAAUGUGUGUACUUCGAGAGGCCACAAUUUUAAAGCCAAUUAUUUGAUACCGGAGCGAAGGAGAAGGAGAAGGUGGAGUACAGAUCGAAAUAUGCCUUACAAAUGUACCAUAGCAAAACGGGAGGGAAAACGAAUAAUGUUGCCUUAUUCAGCUGUGUGGCAGCUCCACUGCCGCGGUGCACCAUUUUGCAUUCAAAGUGUCCUCGCACAACGGUUGUGUUAGCACAGGGGGCGACAGGCAAGAUCGAAUCGAAGUCGUAUAUAUUUUUUGUGUAUUUAUUAGCUAGAUGAAUCAUAUAACACGGCAGCAGCUCUUAAAUAACGUGAUAAACCGAAGGAGCAAAGAUUGCGAACAAAUAGGGAAAGUUGUAGGUUGUAUAGAAGGAAAAAAAUAACUGAAAAAGGAAAGAUCACAUGCGUGAUGAGAUAUGAGAUGUUGAUCUCGUCCCCGAAGCGAACAAACAGUCCCGGAAAGUAGAGGAGUGUGUUCUUCCGUGCUUUUAGUUUACGUAUGUGUACAGUCAACGAUUUUAAUUUUGUUCUUUGCUGCUAGGAAGAAACGUACUGUUUCAAAAACAUACAAAAAAGAAAAGGAGAAGGACACAUUAUUACGAUUAAGAAUAUUUUGCUAGCAACAAACCCCUCACAUUCGAACCCCACAUAAGACACAGAGAGAAAGGGUAGUACGCGUUGUAUAGCAUCGAUUUUAAUUGCGUAAAAAAGACAUUGUAAAAGAAGCGCAACGCAAUGACGAUUGUGGCAAUGUGGUGAUUUGUUUGUUGCAUCUCCUCCCGUCGAUAAUUUAAUACAAAACCUCUCAACAAACGGUUAGACUGCCUAAAAAAACAAGUAAAUAUCUUAGCUAACAUUCCAUACAUUAUUAACUCGUUUUUGUUCGCAUUCACUUAUGCGCCAUCCCUACUCUCUACCAUUCAGUAUCGAAACGAAUGCGCCCGUUUUUGUUGGGCUGUGGUUCGUGCGAAAUUUAGCCAGAAGUUUAGAAUCUCUUACACAUAUAGACACUUCGUUUUCGUACCAUAUAUCUCUUCUUCUCUCUGUCUGCCGGGAAUGUUUAGUUUUAAAGUCCCCCCCCCCUUUAUUCUUUGGAACAAAUCUCACUACAGCACACUCCAAAAGGGGAUGAAGCUAGUUGUGUUUUAAUGUUGCUUCUUGCCCGUUGUUAGGUAGUAAUGUAACGAGCAGGAAGGAAACGAGUUGAUUUUACAAUAGCCAACCCAUCAUCGGCAGUCUACCAUCGCUUUCCCAUCGUGUAAGCUAGGAUUCGAUCCGUGUACGACAGAUUGUGCAUUCUCCAAUAAAUCGCACUAUGUUUGGUUCCUCGGGAACCACGACAUCAAUGGAGGGAGAUUUUAUUUGAGCAAUAA